UCCUCUCCCUCUCCCCCUCACCAAAAACCCUAAUCCCCCAAUUGAAAGGAAAAUCCCCAAUUCUGGUUGACGAUGUCUGGUCGCGGCAAGGGAGGCAAGGGUUUGGGGAAGGGAGGCGCGAAGAGGCAUCGGAAGGUGCUCCGCGACAACAUUCAGGGAAUCACGAAGCCCGCCAUUCGGAGGUUGGCGAGAAGAGGCGGCGUUAAGAGAAUCAGCGGUUUGAUCUACGAGGAGACUCGCGGCGUGCUUAAGAUCUUCCUCGAGAACGUCAUUCGCGACGCUGUUACCUACACCGAGCACGCCAGGAGGAAGACCGUCACCGCCAUGGACGUCGUUUACGCGCUCAAGAGGCAGGGAAGGACUCUCUACGGCUUCGGGGGCUAGCCUUGGGCCUAUUGGGCCUCUUGGGGGUGUAAAUGGGAGGGCUUUGUGUUUUCUGUUGCCUACUUGGAUUAUUAUCUUCUUGGUAAUGCAAUGUUUGUUUUAAUUUUACCCUAAUUGUGUUGUAGUGACCUUCAAUUUAAGUGGGAUUUAGUUAAUGGUAACUUUAAAUGUUUCUGAUUCCUUUUUGGCACUUUGGGUUCUUAAUGUUGGUAUUAAUUGAUUUUUCUUUUCA